AUGGCGGCGCUGCCCUCUGACGAGUUUGCCGAACUGAUUGAUUCCUCGUGGAUCACCUUUCGACAACAGCUGUUGGCAGCCCACCAGGGGAGAGAAGCAGUGCCGGCGCGCAGCUUGCUUCUCGCGUCGGAUACUUCGCCAGGGCUCUCGCCGAAGUUGAAGCCGCUUCGCGACCUUCAAAAGACGCAGCACGAGGCAAAACCAGCGGUUGCACCGCUUGACCUAGGAAGCUCCGAGGAUGGGCAAUCUGGCGUCUCAUCGUUGGUGCUGAACGAAGAGGAUGAUGAGGAGAAAGACUCCUUAAGCCCUUUGCCGAGCCCACAUGCAAGCGGGGUCGCGCAAACCAUGCCGAGAGCGGUCUCGUCGGGAAGCGGAGUCAGCGAGGACAGGCAUGGAGACGUCACCAAGCUGUUGAAUUCUGACCUGAAGCAUCUUCCAGCACAAGAUGCUCAACAGAUCCGGCAAAGGCUGCGAUUGCGCUUGGGCUGCACGGCCAAGCACAAGCUUGUCUCUGGAAAAGACCUGCUGGACGCUGUCUCCUGCUUGGGGCUGACGCGAUACACAGAGGACGACAUGAAUGACCUCGUGAAUGCCAUGGGAACCUUCAUCAACCUGCGCUUCCCGGAAGAUCCCGAGGCAUCGCACGGUACUCGCCCGACCUCCCCGCGCAAGAGCAACCGACAGACCCUUUUCGGCUUUGGCGCCUCUUCCAGUGGUGAAGGGCGGCGCUUGCCCACGCGCGAUCAACAGCCUGUGUGGGAGUGGCCUGCACAGUGGCCAGACAAGGCUACUGCCAGCAAUGCAAAUUCGUCACGGCCCAUGGCGUCGAUAAACUUUUCGGAGACAAACGAAAACUGCGAGCUCAACGUGGUCCCACUUCAGGCGCUGACAGAAAUCUUCUUGGCCCAUGAAGGUGAGAUUCACAAGAGGAUAUUUGGGGCCAGACUUCUGAACCAAUUUCGGGCUGUGAAAGAGAUCUUGCUGGCCGGGGAUACGAACCGUCUGGUGGCAGAAUUGACCUUUGUGAGGAUCAAUGACUUGGCAGCACCACCAGAGCCUAUGCAUCCUCUAAUGUACUUAGAGCCGUUCGUGGCGGUUCUCAUCGUGCUGAACGGCAUCAUGAUCGGAUUCCAAACUGACCCGUCGUUUCAGGAUUACGAUGACGUGUUCUUCUACCUCGAGCUCGUGUUUGCUCUGUUCAUUUGGCUGGAGAUCUUUUUGCGGAUACAUCUGUUAAAGUGCGCUGCUUACUGGUGUGGCCCUGAGCGAUACUGGAACUACUUUGACCAAUUUCUGGCUGCGACUGGAGUUGCUGACAUUUCCCUGCAAAUUGCAUCUGACGGGCAAACUGACAUUGCUGGCGCAUCGCUACUCAGAUUUUGCCGAUUGAUCAGACUGGUCCGGAUUGUGAAGCUCUUUCGAGUAAAGUUCAUGAAAGAUCUACGUUUAAUGGUGAAGGGUUUGCUUGCUGGCAUUCGAACUUUGGCUCUUGCCUUCGCCUUGCUAUUUGCGGUACUUUACGUUAUCUCUGGUUUUGCAACGAUCACUCUCGGGGCGAAUCCGAUUGACGGAGAGGACGGCCUUCAUCGCUAUUUUGCCAACAUACCGGAGUCAAUGUUCACGGCUUUUCGAUGCUUCACGGGUGAAUGCAUCAGUGACGCCGGAAGACCUAUUCAAGCCCUUCUGGCUGAAAAAUUUGGAUUGGCGUUUGUUCUACCCUACGUCGCAUGCUACAUGCUGGUGACGAUGGGAAUUUUCAACGUUAUCUUAGCUGUAUACGUGGAUAUCACAAUGAGAGCUGCCAAAGAGAACGAGGCUGUGACGGCAGAACAGCACUCCCGUGAGUCUAUCCGGAUCGCUCGCGUGACGCGGGAACUGCUGAAGAAGUUUGCUUCGGCUCACCAUCAGUUCCAAGAAGACGACAGGGCGACGGCAGCAAGUCGGCCGCGGCUCGAAAUCAAUCACACGUCGUUCUUCACAGACGAUGAAAUCAAUGAGACCAUGGAAAUCAGCAAGGAGCUCUUCAUGUUGGUUAUACAAGACUACAGCGUGCAGAGCUUGAUGGACGAUCUAGACUUACCGCCGGAUCGGGCCAACCUCUUCGAGGUCAUUGAUGCAGACGGCAGCGGCACGCUGAAGCUAACCGAACUCGUGCAGGGUCUCUUGAAGAUCCGCGGAGAAAUCAACAAAAGCGACACCGUCGCCGCCCUGCUCGCCAUCAAAGCUGUACAAAGCAUGGUGAGUGAGAUGAAGGAGGAGAGCUCCAGCCAUUUGGACUCCUUGAAGCGAGACUUGGAAAGGCAGGUAUUGGCCCUUGCCGAACGACCGCAAGCGAUGCGGUUCGAGAGCAAAUGCAGGUCGCGCGAAAAGCCCAGGGACCUCGUGGCCGAGCCGGACCUUUCUGCUUCGGCGAGGGCGCACGUGUCCAAAGAGGUCGUCAAGGAUGAGUUCGCACUCACUCUGGCACUGCCUCUUCCUCUGCGUCCAGAGGCUGUUCUCGCGGACGUCGAAGUACAACCUCCACCUUUGGAGGUUUCCGUAGAAUAG